CGGGUGGGGAGGGCCAAGCCUCCCCCCCCCUCGUGUACACACACACCCUCCAGCCCCUCCCAGCGCUUUGAAAUCCCAUCCCCGCUUUGUUGUCUCCCCCGAGGGGCCGGGAUGCUCGGAGCCCGCGGUAUAAAGGCAGCCGCCACAGCGGUGGCGGCGCAGAGCUGCGCCUGCGGUCGAGACUCGGGGACCGCAGGAGGCGCUCGGAGCCCGGACUGCAGCCGUGCCGGCGCGGCUUCCAGGGACCCCCUUGCACAGGGACAUUCCAGCCUUCUCUCGGGGCCUUCACCGGACAGCUUCUGCGAUGACGGCCCCGGGCGCAGUGGGAGCCGCCCGAGUCUUGGCCGCGCUGGUAGCGGCCGCCCUCUGCGGUCACCUCCAGCUCGGAGUGAGCGCCACCUUGAACUCGGUUCUCGUCAAUUCCAACGCCAUCAAGAACCUGCCCCCGGCGCUGGGCGGCGCUGCCGGGCACCCGGGCUCCGCAGUCAGCGCGGCCCCCGGGAUGCCGUACGAGGGCGGGAACAAGUACCAGACCAUUGACAACUACCAGCCCUACCCGUGCGCGGAGGACGAGGAGUGCAGCACCGAGGAGUACUGCGCCAGCCCCACCCGCGGAGGGGGCGCGGGCGCGCAAAUCUGCCUGGCCUGCAGGAAGCGCCGAAAACGCUGCAUGCGCCACGCUAUGUGCUGCCCCGGGAAUUACUGCAAAAACGGAAUAUGUAUGCCUUCUGAUCACAAUCAUUUCCAUCGAGGGGAAAUCGAAGAAACCAUUCUCGAAAGUGCUGGUAACGAUCACAGCACCGUGGAUGGGUAUUCCCGAAGAACAACGCUUUCUUCAAAGCUGUAUCAUACCAAAGGACAAGAAGGUUCGGUCUGUCUCCGCUCUUCAGACUGUGCUACGGGGCUGUGUUGUGCUAGACACUUCUGGUCCAAGAUCUGUAAACCGGUCCUAAAAGAAGGUCAGGUGUGCACCAAGCACAGGAGAAAAGGCUCCCACGGGCUGGAGAUAUUCCAGCGUUGUUACUGUGGAGAGGGUCUGUCUUGCCGGAUACAGAAAGAUCACCAUCAAGCCAGUAACUCUUCCAGACUCCACACCUGUCAGAGACACUAAGCCAGCCAUACAAACACUGUGGACUCCUUUUCUAUAAUAGAUGCUAUGAAACUUUGUGUGACUUUUGUCAGCUCAAUCCUAAAGGAUGUACAAAUUCUGUGGUUCUGAUUAAGCAUUCCAAUAAUACCUUCUGAAAAUCUGGAGUGUAAGAGCUUUGUUUCUUUAUGGAACAACCCUGUCAUUGAUUGCAGUAAAUUACUGUGUUGUAAAUUCUCAGUGUGGCACUUACCUGUAAAUGCAACAAAACUUAAUUAUUUUUCUAAAGGUGCUGCAUUGUCUAUUGUUUUUCUUGUUAUGUAAAUUUUUGUACACCUUGAUUAUUAUCUUGACUCUAAUAUUCUAUAUUGAAUUGAAAUAAAUAAUUUCAGCUUAUA